AUGGCAGAAAACAGUAGCACUCGGAUCACUGAAUUCUUCCUGCUUGGAAUUCCAGGAGUCCAUUCACAGUAUAAUGGAGCUUUAGGGAGUUUUUUACUUUUUGUCUAUCUAGUACUGGCCAGUGGAAACAUUUUGAUCAUUUUAUUUAUUGCAUAUGAAAGAAGCCUUCAUAAACCCAGUUAUUUUAUCUUCUGUAACCUCGCUGUAUCUGAUCUCGCUUUUGGAACGGUCACACUGCCCAAAGUGGUAGCCAAAUAUCUAGCCAAAGAUGAGCAUGUAGAAUUUUAUUCGUGUUUCGUGCAAAUGUAUAUCGUUCAUCACUUAGGUACGGUGAAUUCGUUUUUGAUGUUAUUAAUGGCCCUCGAUCGGUUUGUUGCUAUAUGCAACCCACUUAGAUAUCCUGCUAUUAUCACCAACCAGUCUAUUUCAUACGCGUGCGUAGGAUUCUGGGUAGUUAUUUUAGGAUGGCUACCUCUGUUUACUUAUCAAACUGCCAAGCUUUCCUUUUGUGCUUCAGAUGUAAUAAAUCAAUGUUUCUGUGAUUUCAAUUCAUUAUUUAGAAUCGGGUGCGGGGAGAAAGGCGAGCUAAUAAAAAAGGUGUUCGCAGUGGCCAUGUUUACUCUUUUGGGCCCUUUAAUUUUCAUCAUCUUUUCUUAUAUUGCCAUUAUUAUAUCUGUUUUUAAAAUCUCAAGCAUUCAGGCUCGAUAUAAAACAUUUUCUACAUGCAGUCCUCAGCUUUUAACCAUAUGCCUUUACUAUAUCCCCAGAUGUACUGUGUAUGUUUGUGAUUUAACCGCUGGAAUGCCUAUGGCCGUUCGGGUAAUACUUGUUAUGUGGUACAGUCUGCUACCUCCUGUUGUUAAUCCAAUGAUAUACUGCCUCAGAACCCAGGAAAUCAAAGCUGUUUUAAUGAAAAGAAUUAGAGGUAAAAUAGUUCAAAUUAACUUCAAGACAUUUUCGAGCUAAAC